UUAGCGCCAAUUACAAAAUCAAAAUGGCGGGCGCAGAAACCCUUCUCUUCAAAUUUUAAGCGCCCAACCAUAGGAACCUCCUCCGUCAAAUCCGCAAUUCGGCUUGCAGAAAUUAGAAAAGAGAUUAACGAAAAAGGUUUCAAAUCUCAGCAUCCGGAAUUGUUCUAAACUUCGAUCGCGAUGGACGUCUCGAGGAGAAAGGGCUUGAAGCGAAAACUAGAGCAAGAUUUCCAGGAGGAGAGGCAAAAUUGCAAGUUGGCCCUCAUCGACCCCCAACCGGAGCACGAUCGUCAAGGUCUGCUCCUCGAGAUUCGCUCCCAGGUGGAAAUUCUCGAUUAUACUUUCUCUUCUGACCAGGAUGAUCGCGCCGAUGCUAAGCGCGCUGCUCAUGCUCUCUCUGAGCUCGCUAAGAACGAGGACAACGCUGACCUGGUUGUCGACUGUGGAGCUGUGCCUCUGCUAGUGAGGCAUCUUCAGGCGCCACCGCCUUCAAAAGCAGAUGAAAAUGGACCCAAACCUCUCGAUCAUGAGGUGGAGAAAGCAUGUGCUUUUGCCCUUGGAUUUCUCGCUGUAAAACCGGAGCACCAACAACUUAUAGUUGAUGCUGGAGCUCUAUCACACCUUGUGAACUUGUUGAAGAGACACAAGAAUUGUGAUAACCCCCGCACUGUCAGUGGUGUUAUUAGAAGAGCUGCUGAUGCAAUCACUAACCUGGCUCAUGAGAAUGCUAGAAUUAAAACUCGUGUCAGAAAUGAGGGUGGCAUUCCACCUCUUGUUGAGCUGCUAGAGUUUGCUGAUGUAAAAGUGCAGAGGGCAGCAGCAGGGGCCCUACGGACUCUUGCCUUUAAGAAUGACGAAAACAAAAUUCAGAUCAUUGAAAGCAGUGCUCUGCCCACCCUUAUACUGAUGCUUCGGUCUGAGGAUCCUCUUAUACAUUAUGAAGCGAUUGGCGUGAUUGGGAACCUUGUUCACUCAUCCCCAAUUAUAAAGAAAGAAGUUAUUCUUGCUGGUGCCUUACAACCUGUUAUUGGAUUACUAAGAUCUUCGUGUUCAGAGACACAAAGAGAAGCAGCAUUGCUAGUUGGACAAUUUGCUGCUGCUGAUUCGGAUUGCAAGGCGCACAUUGCUCAAAGAGGAGCUAUCCCGCCGUUAAUUGAGAUGCUUCAGUCUUCAGAUACUCAGCUCAAAGAAAUGUCAGCUUUUGCACUUGGGCGUUUAGCUCAGGAUGCACACAAUCAAGCUGGCAUUGCUCAGACUGGUGGUAUAGGUCCGCUGCUCAGCCUUCUUGAUUCGAGAAAUAGUACUCUGCAACAUAAUGCUGCAUUUGCUCUGUAUGGUAUAGCAGAUAAUGAGGAUAAUGUUGCAGAUCUUAUCAAACUUGGAGGUGUCCAGAAACUUCUGGAUGGAGAAUUCAUUGUUCAACCAACUAAAGAUUGUGUGGCAAGGACUCUGAAGAGAUUGGAGGAUAAGAUUCACGGACAAGUGUUGAAUUAUCUCCUGUAUCUGAUGCGGGUUGCAGAUAACACUGUUCAAAAGCAGGUUGCUUUGGCUCUUGCUCAUCUUUGUGCCUCUUCUGAUCGAAAAACUGUUUUUAUUGAUAACAAGGGAUUGGAUUUGCUGCUGGAGUUCCUCCAGUCUGCAAGCCUGAAGCAGCAGCAAGAUGGUUCAGCAGCAUUGUACAAGUUAGCUACCAAGACUAUUUCACUGUCCCCCAUGGAUGCAGCUCCCCUAUCACCAACCCCACAGGUUUAUUUGGGUGAGCAAUAUGUAAACAAUCCUACGUUGUCUGAUGUGACAUUCCUUAUUGAAGGCAAAAGGUUCUAUGCCCACAGAAUUUGUCUCCUAGCUUCAUCAGAUGCAUUUCGUGCAAUGUUCGAUGGUGGAUACAGGGAGAGGGAUGCCAAAGAUGUAGAAAUUCCAAAUAUUAGAUGGGAUGUCUUUGAGCUGAUGAUGAGAUUCAUUUACACAGGAUCUGUAGCUGUUAAUGUUGAUAUUGCUCAAGAUCUCCUGAGAGCUGCUGAUCAAUAUCUGUUGGAGGGCCUUAAACGGCUAUGCGAGAGUGCCAUUUCAAAGGAUAUCUCGGUUGAAAAUGUAUCACUCAUGUAUGAGUUAUCAGAAGCCUAUAAUGCCGCGACAUUAAGGGAAUCGUGCACACUGUUUGUCCUGGAGCAAUUCCAAAGGUUGUCUCAGAAGCCAUGGUUUUCUCGAUUUAUUCAACGUAUCAUACCAGAGAUUCGGAACUACUUAACAAAUGCACUCGAUCGGCCUGUAUUACAGAACCAGACUCAGAUGUAAAUGAUUUCACCGAGGCUGACUUCGAUCUGGUGCUGCAUGCUUGUACAGUGAACUUAGAUAGUCGUCCAUCAGCUAAUUGGGAUAUUACCAAAAGGUUUUCUCUUUUUUUUUUUGGAAGUGGGAAGAGGUAGGGCUCCCGUGUAUGGAAUGCUGCUAACGUCUCAUUUUUUCUUUUCAACUCGUCAGUUCUGUUGUAAUUCAAUUUUGUAUGUAGAAAUUCUCUUCCGAUUUUACUUUGGUGCUACAAAAAUUGUAGUGUCCUUCUAAGUGUAUUUAUUAAUUUGGAAGCGGA